ACCGGGGCCCCCGGGGCGGGGCGACAGGCACCGGGCCCCCAGGUCGGGCGCGGCGGUGCGCCGGACCCCCAGGCGCGAGGCCGACAAGGCAUCGGGCCCACCAGGCGGAGACCGGCGCGGCGCCGGACCCCCAGUGUGCAGCGGACAUGGUAUACGGGCCUCAGGCGGAGCGACAGGUCCUCAGGCCCCCAGGCGGGGGCGGGAGGUAUGACAGCGGGCCCCGGGGGACCAGGCAUCAGUAUUUGGGUCGCCACGGGGACCGCGUCAUCGGGAAGGCAUGGGGACCCAGUCACCAGGUACACACGGGGUCUGGUCAAUUGGCACGAUAGGGGGACUGGAUCAGGUACCGGAUCACUGGAUAACAGCGGGCAUCGAGUCAAUGGCCUAUAGGGUCACCGGCUGGAUCAGUUCAUCAUGCUGGGUAAGGCAUCGGUGAAUGCCGCGUCCGGCUGAGUAGAGGG